AUGGCUAGCAGUGCCCUAGUGAAGAUGCCGGCAGCUCACAGGGAUUCCGAGCAAAAGCCUCAAAGACUUCACACCCCCCAAUGGGUUUCUCUUGUUUCCGGUGGAAUCGCAGGUGCAGUAGAAGCGACUAUUACGUAUCCAUUCGAGUACUCAAAGACUCGCGUUCAGUUGUUAGACAACAGCGCCAUUAAGACGUCUAAUCCCCUGCGCCUCAUUUCGCAAGUCGCGAAACAGGAAGGUCUUGGUGCGCUUUACACAGGAUGUUCAACCCUUGUCAUCGGAACGGCAGCCAAAGCCGCGGUAAGAUUCUUAUCGUACGACACCAUUCGAAAUUCCCUUUCCGAUGACCGGGGUGUCUUGUCGCCAGCAAGAGGAAUCCUAGCUGGAAUGACCGCAGGCGCCGUGGAAAGCGUUCUUGCAGUGACGCCAACGGAAAGAAUCAAAACAGCGCUCAUCGAUGACGCGAAAGGAGCUCGCCAGUUCAAAUCCAGUCUUCAUGCGACCAAGGUUUUAGUACAGCGACAUGGAAUCACCGAGCUUUACCGAGGGCUUGUAUCCACUGCAAUGAAACAAUCAGCAACAUCGGCAGUCCGGAUGGGGACCUACAAUGUGCUCAAAGAAGCCCUCAAAUCCAGAGGAAUCAAAACAAAUGUGGUAACGACUUUUGGAACGGGCGCCUUGGCCGGUGUGGUCACCGUUUACGCUACACAGCCUUUUGAUACGAUCAAGACACGGGCACAAGGUGUCCAGGGGGCCACUAUCGGUGAGGCCUCGCGAAGUGUGAUUCGCGAUUAUGGUAUUCGCGGGUUCUGGAAAGGCAGUAGCAUGCGGCUGGGCCGUCUGCUUCUGAGUGGUGGUAUUGUCUUCUCUGUUUAUGAGGAGGUUUCGGCGAUUUUGUCGCCCAGCACACACAGAUAG